UUUUGUGCCAGACGUGCCAGUGCACUAGCGCCGCCGCUCUCGCUACUCGCUAGCCAAUACCCGUAGUAUUUUUGUAUGCGUACCGUCGGCCGGUGUGACCGAUGUGUACUGUUUAGUUUAGGUAAACGUUAUUUUUUUAAGUUUUUUUGUUUUUUUUUGUUUUUAUUUUUUCUCUUCUCUACAAACAACCAAAAAUGAAUCAGCUCAGCGAAUCGGAGCUGUUCGGGGCGUCCCGACAACCUCCACGACAAUCAUAACUGACAAAACUAAAAUGCAACUGUUUACAUACCUACCGAUGGAAAUAAUAAAUAUUAAAACCAUAAAAUCUACCAGCGGCCACACAACGGAUCAAUAACAAUACAAUAAUUAUAAUUCCAGACUAAUUGAUCAGAUAUAACGUUAUAAUCGGUUAUAAUGGACAGUUCAGAAUACGAAUCGGUAAGAAACCAAACGCUGCUGUUCUUUUUUGAAAAAUUGGUAGACAAGGGCACUCCACGGUCCUUGCACGAUCUAAGUUGCCAAUUUGGUUCAAAAGGAUUUACUAAAGAGAUGCGACAGAUUGCUGGUGGUUCACAAUCAGGUCUGAAGAAAUUCCUGUCGCAGCACCCAUCUUUAUUCACAUUGGAUGGAGACCUAGUUGCCGCGUCUCAGAUAGUUGCACCAGUACAAUCCGAUACCAAUUAUAACCACAAAGCUGUCAAUUAUUUUAAGGAUAAAUUAUUGAAAUAUGGAGUUGGAACUGAAGUACCUAUACGAUGCUUACUCGGACACCGUUCUCAAGCUCCACCAGAAAUCCGAUUAAUAUCUGGUCUACACAUCAAAGAAUUUAGAGAUUUUCUGCUGAAAUAUCCUGAUGUAUUUACUGUAGGUGAAGACACCAUUAUACUUACUGAGUAUGCAGGACUGGAGCGUAAAAUGUAUGAUGAUAGCGAUCAACGUGAAGUCAAAAUUGAUCCAGAAAUCACAAAACGUCUUUUAGCAUUUUGUGUACAAUGCUUGGAAUGUAAAGGACCGAUGUUAACUGAUCAAAUGUUUCAUAGUAUUUCCUUACGUUUUACAGAAAAUACUUGGUCUCCGAUUUUUAAAACUCCAUCUGAUUUGUUCACAUUUUUGAAAAUGCACCCUGAUCAAUUUAACACACAAUCUAAUUUAAUAACAUUGGCAAAAACUGAGCCUAAACCAGAAGUUAAAAUUGCUCGAAUUCCUAUAGAAGUUGUACCAUUAACUCCUCCUAUGUCGCCACCUUUACCCAAACCAAUACCAAAUAAUAAUCAAUCUCUUAAACAAAGAAUUAAUAAUUUGGUUAUGAAAACAAUCGCAGAAAACACUGAGCGAAAUAGCAAAACACCAAAUGGUUAUGAUGAUAGUGAUGCAUGGAAAGGAAAAGUGUUCAACAAUAUCAAAGCAAUAAUAACAAAUACUAAAGAAUGUUCAAAUAUCGUCGAUAGAAUUUUGGCAAGGAAGUCACCAAUUGGUAUAGAUUUUGAAGGUGUAUGUAUUGGAGCCAAUGGUCAAUUAAGCUUAAUGCAAGUGGCAACUGAAGAUGGAUUGUGUUUUAUAUUUGAUUUAAUUGCUUGCCCACAAUUAGUUAAAAGUGGAGGAUUACAAAGUUUACUGGAAAGUGAAGAAAUACUUAAGGUGAUCAAUGAUUGUCGAAAUGAAAGUUUAAACCUGUACAACCAGUUUGGUAUUGCAAUGAAAAACGUGUUCGAUAUUCAGGCCGCUAUUGCUAUUAUUCAAUUUCAAGAAACUGGACAACCAGUGUAUAAGGCAAAAAAUUUUAGUCUAAACUCCAUAUGUGAAAAGUAUGGUUUGCCAAUAAACUCAUCUAAGGAUCAGUUGAGAACUCUAAGUAAAAAAGAUCAAAGAUAUUGGUUACGGAGGCCUUUAUCUAAGGAUAUGCUUGCUUACGCUGCUAGUGACGUACUAACUCUCAUGCCUAAAUUAUAUAAAAUUAUAUCUGCUCAAAUUCAUCCGUCCAAUAUUAAACUACUUGAAGAGUUAUGUGAAGAACAAGCAUUUUUGUACAUUGUCCCAGAUAAUGUUCAAAAGCGUAAACACCAGCGUAAAAUUGAUAAUGAAUUGCAAGUUCUUAAAGAAAAAUUGUCUUCUGAUAAUGGGAAAAAUGUUGUUCUUAGCAAUAGAGAAUUGAGAUUAUUGAGGCACUUGGAAUUAACUGAUGAAGAUAAAGAAAAAUUAAAAGGAUCCAUGAAGGUUGCAAAAAAGUUGGAAAAAAUGGAAGGAAAAAAUAUAAAAUACAAUGGAGAGGAGUGUGAUUCCAACGAGUUUCUCAGUUUAGACAGUAAUAUUAGUGGCAAAUCAACAUCAUCAGAUAAUUCUGCAUCUGGUGAAUUUCAGUCAAUUGUAUCUGAUCAACCACCAAGUCUUACUGAAUCUAUGCAAAUGAUGGAUGAUGUAUUAUCAGAUAAACUUAUGGAUCGUUUGGAAAAAAUUGAGCGUUUAGAAUCAUUGUUAACUAUGGCCAUGGACGCAGAACCAGACCAAACAGAUAGUUUAGAUACUUCACCUAUGAGUUGCAAGUGCACAUGCCAUUUAUUUGCUACCGACACCGUUGAUAUGUCCACACAAACUGAACCACUAUAAUCUAUUAUUGUCGGAAAUGAAAGUGAAACACUGGGUUUAUUAUUUAGAUUUCUUUUAAAUCUUAUACCUAGCCAUGGCAUUUAAGCCUAAAUAUUUAGUUUACGGCCAGGUUUCAUAUUGCUUUUGAUAGUAAAAAGUGGUAUUGGAAAAUCUGGAUCAGUGUAUAUAAUAUCUAUAAUGAAACUAAUUAACAGGGUUGAGUUUGUACAAUAUCCGUCCAUAAUAUUAUUAUACCUGUUAUAUUUUGAUUAACGAUAUAACAUAGGUUAUAAAUAAUAUUCAAAAUUUGACAGCAAUAAAAAGAAAAAACCGCUAGUCGGUUAGACGAAUUAGACUGAAAAAUAUUAUAUUUUUAUUAAAUUUGCGCUAGCAUCACAACGUGCCUAUAUAGAUUUUAGAUAAAUUAAUUAUAGUUGAAUUUGUUUGCUCAAACAGUAUUAACCUAAACGAUAGUAUUGAAUUGUGAAGUCCAUGUACAAAUAACAUAGUUUAAACUAAUGAACUAUUAUCAUGGAGUUGAAGUUAUGUGUGUUCCUGUUUGGAAUUUAAAAGAAAUGUCUGUUAAAAUUAGAUGUUUUCCUGUAUACUUAAUUAACUUGAGUAACCUAAGCAUAUAAUCCGUACUUGCCUUUUUCUGAAAGAGGAGGGAUUAAUUAAUGACAACCAAUAUUCAAUUAAAAAUUAAAAAUGAUAUUAUAUAAGUAAAACAUGAUUGUAUAUAACAUGGAUAGGGAGGGUUCUAACAUCCAAUCCCCUCUGUAAAUGUGCCUGGCGUGUGAUGUGGUAAAUGGACAUUUUCUUCAACAAUUUUUAGUUAUAAGAGAUAUUUUCUCAUGUAUGUCUUAUAUACUGUUAUUUAUGACUAUAAUCUGUAAGAUAUAGGUAUACAAGUUAUAGAUAUUUGAAUAUAAGUACAUACAAUUUGUCCCAUAUUUUAGUUCCAUACCUUAUAAUUUAAUUAUAUAUUUUUUUUCUUAACUUAAUAACAAUAUACAUUUGUUUUCACUUGGCAGU